UCGCCGCAGCCAGCCAACCAGCCAGCCAGCAAGCCCUCCUGGCAGCUACAGUCAUCUGCCUCCCCACCACUCCUCCUUUAAUGGAUCCAUAUAUUCUCAAGUCAGGCUGUGGAUACUGAUCUGUGCUUGUCAAUACCCUUUCUCUUGUUAAUUUGCUGCGUGGAUAGUCUUCUUGGUUUCUGAUUUUGCAGAACUGGAAUGUACCAAAACCACACCAAAGACACCAACAACAACUGCAAUAAACGACUUCUCUGUGCUCACAAGGAAAAGCUUAUCCAGGCUAUUAAAAGAAUCAAGCACGAGGUAGAUGAGUGCAGAGAAGCAGAGAGAGAGACUUACAUAGAGUCAGUGGAAGUAGAGAGCAGUUUUGAUGCUCUGGAACGAGAAAUCAGAGCCGAGUUUCAGAACCUCCACCGUUUCCUGGAUGAGGAGGAGUGUAAGGACCUGGAGCGACUGAAGAGGGAGAGACAGAAACAACUAAAGCAGCUGAAGGAAAGAGAGAAGAAAAUAGCAGAGCAAGGGAAAGACCUGGAGAGAGCCAUUACAGUGCUCAACAGCAAACUGGCUGAGGAGGACAGUCCUAAACUGCUCAAAGAAAUUCAAGAUCUCAUAAAAAGGUCUCAGGUCAGCUUUGUUCUUCCAGCAGAAGUGGACACUGAGGUUCGCUCCGGCCAGUUUGUGGGACCCAUACAGUACAGGAUAUGGAAGCACAUGAAAAGCUGCCUUUAUCCAAAUAUUACAUCAGUGACUUUUGACCCUGAGACAGCCCACCCUAAUCUGUCCCUGUCUGAGUCUUGCACCUCAGUGUGGUUUGAUGAGUCGAAGGACACAAAGGAUUGCCAGGUCAACCCACGACAGUUCCACUAUUACUACUGUGUGUUGGGCCAUCAGGGCUUUACCACAGGCCGACACUACUGGGAGGUUGAGGUGGGACAUAAGACAGCAUGGAGGUUGGGCGUGGCACAGGAUGAUGUCCCAAGAGGGGAGAUGACUGCUAGUGGCACCUCCAAUGGGCUCUGGACCCUGGCCCUGAAGAGUGGAUCUAUCGUGGCCUGCACCGACCCAAAGCCCACCAAGAUCAACGUAUCUGUCCGUCUUGUCCGCAUCGGUGUGUUCUUAGACUGUGAAAAGGAGGAGGUGUCCUUCUAUAACGCUGUUACCAUGGCGCCAAUCUACACCUUCUCUACGGGAACAGUCAUGGGUCCUCUGUUCCCCUUCUAUAAUCCAUGUGAUACAGAUGAUGGAAGGAACACAGGAGCAAUUAAGAUCUUUCACCCAUCACUAUGAUGAGGGGCUGUUCUCACCAGCUAGAACACUGAUGGUCCAUAGGGCAAAGUUUCCAAUACAAAUUUUAUAUUACUAGAAUUAUUAUUAGAUUUAGAGCUGAAAUGAUUAGUUAAAAAAAAAUAAUAGCAAGUCAAUUGACAUUAAUUGGAAACUGUUCAAUAAAUGGCAAAUUUUCAGGCAAAAAUUGAAAAUAUUUGUCUUGUCCAAUUUGUGGAUUUGCUGCUUUUAUCUUAUGUGAUAAUGUGUAUAAUAAAGUGAAUUUGGGGGGUUUGCAAUAAAACAAGCCAUUUGAAGAUGUCAUUUUCGAAUUUUGGAAAAUUGUAACUGACAUUUUUUGCUAUUUUCUUUCAAAUUGUACAAACAAAAUGAUUCAUUAAAAAAAUUAUUGGCAGAUUUAUUGAUAAUGAAGAUAACUAAGUUGCGGCCCUAAUUAUAAAUUGUACUUACAACUUACUGAAAUAAUGUUUAAAAAAAUUCUGUGUGGCUGUUACUGUUUCUGUUUUUAAUGUGCAUCCUAAAUCUGUACAUGGUGAAAUAUGAUGCUUCAAAUAAAUCUUGAGCUGAU